AUGCCAUGGGCUAGUUCUACUUCUUCCCCAAGGCCCGAGUGGAGUACACCGCACGCUUCAUUUUCGCAUUUGCGCCAACGGCCACUGCAACCGUCAUCGUCGCCACCGCCUCGCCGGACGGCCGGAGGGGAGGAGUUAGGCCUCGUCGCGCCCGCCGCCGCCGCCGUCACCAUGGACCCUGCUUCCGGCCGAAACCCCCGCUUCGAGGCAGUGCGCUCCAUCGACGACAUCUUCAAGGACUUCAUCGGCCGCCGCACCGGCAUCGUCCGCGCCUUCACCGAAGACCUGGAGGCCUUCACCGCGCAGUGCAAGCCAGAUCUGGACGGCUUGUGCCUGUAUGGAUACGCGAACGGGACGUGGGAGGUGGCGCCACCGGCGCAGCAUGUGCCCACGGAGCUGCCGGAGCCGACGGUGGGCAUCAACAUCCCGCGCGACACGAUGUACAAGAGGGACUGGGUCGCCCUCCUCACCGUCUUCUCCGAUUCGUGGCUCCUCGCCGUCGCCUUCUUCCACGGCGCCCGACUAAAUCUAGAUCGCGAGGGCAGGGUGCGUUUGUUUGACCUGAUCAAUAGUGUGCCAACUGUAUACGAAUCUGUCUUUGGUGUGAAAAAGUCUCGUGAGCAAAGACACCCUUUCCAGAGGAAGAAAAAUAGUGCUGAUGGCGAUGAUGACGGUGCAAUUUUCCUCAGAAAAAGAGAUGACGGUGAAAUUUAUCUCAGGAAAAGAUAAGAAGAAACUUGAAAUUGUCCUAAAGAAAAGAGAUGACGGUGAACCCCUAUGUGCAUAGAACCUGUUGUGGCAUACAUAGUAGAAAAGACAUGUCUCCUGCGAAGGCAGAGAGCAUAUGUAGAAUAAUGAUGAUACAGCUGUCCAAGAUGCAUUUCAAAGAGAUCUAGGCAACAGCUAUAGCAAUGUGAGCGGCAGUAGCGACGGACGACGGAUGAUGGUGGCGUAUUUUAGAGUUGACACUUGACAGAGGCUUUGUUUUGCAGGGUUCUUGGUACUCAUUAUUCCUCAUGUUUAGUUUACAUUACAUGAUGAUGCUAAUCAGAUAAUGUGAGGAAAGGCAGACAAAAUAUGACCUAUAUAUAAUUGGAUGCCCAGAAGGGGGCUAAUUGUUAAGUUGGUGGGAGUUGCAAAGGUGAGUGCGUUUGCCCUUCAAAUUUCUUCGUGAUUCGGAGUCAAUCCAAGGGCCAAAGCAGACUAUUUCUAUUUUCCAUAAUUUCUUGCGUAUUGAGUACUUAAAAUGACUUCGAUAACUGACUGUAUUUCAAAAUCGAAGGACGCUGACCAGGUACAUCUCUGUUAACCGGUCACUUGGUACAUGUGGUAGACUGAAGAGAGAGCAUCAUCAAUGCGUUAUACAAGUUGAUUUCCAGACUACUAUGAUAACCAAUUCUGCGUAUUCAGGGAAAAAAAAUGACAGUUACACUAUUGUAGCAAGCGAAGAAGAGGAAUGUACUAUUUAACACAUCUAUUUUUUUAGUUCAAAAUUAAACGGUGAAUAUUGCAGAAUUGAUAUAGUCUUUGCCUUGUAAGAACAAUCAGAAGCAAUGCCCCUUCUCUUUGUCGUACAAGUUGGAUUAAAUCCUGAUAUCACCAA